AUGGCCGUCAUGCGCACCCUCAAUACCCUCAUGGAGCCUUGGUUUUUCAUGUGGCUUUCACUCUCGCAUGUUCCUGCCACCAUCCGAGCGCUUGUCGCAGCCAAGGACUAUGGCACGCUAUUCUCCCCUUCACGCUUUCGCGAAGCUCUCUUUGGCACAUUAUGGGCGACCGUCGGCCCGAUGAGCAAAGCCAUGCACGAGGAACGAGUUGUUGCCCUUCUGGAAGGUCGUGUCAAAGGCGGUUGCAUCCAGGACGAGGUAGUAAGCACACCCAUCCAUGGAACCGUGCUUGAGAUUGGUGCGGGAAGCGGUAUGUGGGUAGACGUCUUGGCCCGCUUUAGCAGCAACGUCGGUGCCAAGGGUGAACUUCACAACAGAAAGAAUACUGAACGUGGUAUCACCAAGAUCUAUGGCGUUGAGCCAAAUCCCAUCUCGGCCAAGGCUUUACAGAGGCGUGUUAACGAGGUUGGUCUGCAGGAUAUUUACCAAGUCGUUCCUGUCGGCAUCGAAUACGUUAACGAUCCGUCUGCCUGGGACAGCGAGAUCAAACCUGGCAGCAUCGAUUGUAUUUUUGGUAUUCUAUGCCUGUGCAGUAUCCCUGAGCCCGAGAAGAACAUCAACCUCCUGUACAAGCUCCUCAAGCCAGGCGGCUACUGGUUCGUGAACGAGCACGUCAAGGUCAUGCAUGGAGGUCCACUACUUCGCUUCUACCAAUCCUUUGCCGUGACACUGAGAAAAGCCUCAGGGCUGCGGGUGUUUGGCAGGACGUCGAUCUUGCACAACCUCCAGAUCAGACUGGCUAUGAGGUCCUUCCUUACAUCGUCGGCAUCUUGA